AUGGCACUUAGCAAAGACCGUGGCAUUACAAUGAAUGAUGGGAACAAAAUCCCCGCAUUGGGGUUUGGAACCUAUACCCCGGACACUGUAAGUAACACAUUUAACUCUCAGAUUGUUGUAACUUGUUUCUAAAGAGCAAAAUGCCUGCCAGCUGCUGGGUGCUUCAUACAUUGCAAAGCAUCGCAUGCAAUACCUGACCUGAUCUGAGAAGCCAAUUGUGCAUGAGAACUUCUUGGGUCACAGCAGCCAAGAAUGCAACAGAUGCCUUGCAGCACAUAAAGCGCUGCUUCUCAUUCAACAAGGGUCCUGAGCCAGCAGAUUCAGGAGCAAAUAAUGUUUUGUGCAAGACUUGGCUGGUUUGUUGCUGAGAAACAGUUUCCAGUGUGAAUUUCUGCAGGGUUCAAAGUACCCAGUGCAAAUUUUCUAGUGAUAUUUUUAAAAAUAUUUCUAUAGAACCAUAAGUGCCCACUAUUACUUUUGUUGGGAGUAACAAUAUUAUCCAAAAUUACCAGCCAUUAGCUAACUAUCCUGGACACUAACAAUAAAUAUAGAAUCAAUUCUUUACCCAAACCAUCUUCAUUUGGUCCAUAUCACCAGCAAUGUAAAUGAAGGGAUCAAUGUACGUUCUUGUUUUGUAAUAAAAUUAAUUUCUAGGAAUAUCAUGAAUUUACCAAAUAAAAGCAACCACUCAGUUUCUCAAAUCAAUUUUCCUUUUUCAAUUUUUCCAAUUCAUAUAUCUGCUCCAUUCACAUAUAAAGCGUGGGGUAGAAUCUAUUUUAUACAAAGAGGUACAUGCUGAAGAAGAGACUUUCUCAAUCCUUUCUUGGAUAUCUCUCCAAUUUCACAAACAUUUUAACCAAUUUUUAAAAAGCAUUCUGCAAACUUUAUGUCUCAACAGUGUUCCACAGUUUGAACCAAAAUAACUGAUGAAUUAAUUGAUUGUUCAUUUUCAAUCCUGCAUGUGAAGAGAGGCUCUGGCAGAUUGAACAGAUGCGAUUACUAGUGGAUCCAACGGUCAAGAAGGCGGUUUCUGUGUGGGCCGUAGAGGGAAAUGAGGGGCAGAUGGGGCUCAUCCAGCUAGGGAGGUAGCCUAUCUAGGAGAAGGAAAACUCUGCUCUUGAACCUGUGCUGCCUUGUGGGAUAUCUUCAGGAGAAGAAAAGGAGUAAACCCUACACAAAUCUGGGCUGGAGUUCCUAAGACGGUUGGGUGGUACAUUGCAUGCCUCCUUCUGGCAACACCUGCAGCCAAGCUGGUGCCAAAUGUAUUAGUCUGUGUUCCUUUGGAUCACAUCAGCGAGGAUGAGAGAGAGGCCUUUUCAUCUGGGCAGCCCAGGAUCUCUAUACCCACUGCCCAGGCUUGCACCCCAGGGAAGUCACUUUGGUGCUGCUAACACUGUAGCACCCUGCUUGUGGUUAACGCUUAGCUGGAAUAAAAUAUUCAACGCAGCAAUAGAGAAAUUAAAAUAAUAAUUUAUUUGUCAGUCAAAUAAAUGAGAGACACAGUGGUAUAUGUUAGCACACUUUGGUGCUGCUAACACAGCAAUUUUUACUUUCCCCCGGAGGCACACUCCAUUGUCUCUAGAGACAGACAGAUGCCAACAAGAAGGAUAGAGGGGUUCACCUCAUUGACUUGCUUCUCCCAAAGCCAUAGCCUUGGAUUCCAGCAGAAAUCAGGCUUGGCUCCAUCUCUCAGCUGCCCAGCCUGCUUUCUGCUUCCAACUCCUGGAUCUCUCUCUCACACACACCCUAGUUUUUGUCUUCCUAACUACCCACCCAUUUGCCCUCUGGCACAGAGCUGCUUCAUUUAUUUCCUUAACAUUCCAUACUUAAGGGGCCAUUGCCAAGAGACUUGCAUACCUAUUCCAGUAAUUGGAUCCUGGUUGGAUCCAGGAGUUAGGAGGAAUUCAGGCAUAGAGCCAAAACCCCACUCACAUCAAAUUUUUACACACACACCAUUAAAUAUUUCAUUUUUUCACAAUAAUGUGUGUGUGUGUGUGUGUGUGUGUGUGUGUGUUAUAACAGUAACACCAUCAAUAUAACAUAAAAGUCAAACCAAAACAUGGAGUAAUUGGUUCCUUCUUUGUGGGAAAUUAAAAUGGCAACUCCUUUUCUUUGUGGGAAAUUAAAAUGGCAACUCAUCACCUUGCAACUUUGAUUGGAGCCCUUUUGUCAUUGCUGGUCAGUGCCACCUUUCCACAUGAAAGAGAUCCCACAAGAGGACCCAGGCAUCAGCAGGGAUGGAUCUAGACACAUCAAAGAUGUGUUUCAGUUUAAAGUACUGUAAAUUUAAACAGGGAAAACAGGUAGAGAAAAACAAGACUCCAUUUCGCCUUCUGGUGGCACAAUGUUAUAUCGCACAUGCAACACCUACUGUAUACGUAAAUUGCUUUUUCUUUACGCUUUUUCUUUCUUUUCAUUUAAUGUGUUUAGGCCAGCCUAGCUGAGUCCCUGAGACUCAGGUCUAGUUUGAAAAUAUCCACUGAUACUCAGUGUUACUUACAGGUACCCUCUGAUAUUAAUUUCCCCACUGAAGCAGAGACCUUGACUAACCUUUUCACCUUUUCAACCGGCAGGUUCCAAAAAGUAAGUGUGAGGAGGCUACAAAGAUAGCAAUAGAAUUCGGCUUCCGUCUUAUUGAUAGUGCAUAUGUAUACCAGACAGAGGAGCACGUUGGGCGGGCCGUUCGUGCGAAGAUUGCAGACGGAACAAUAAAAAGGGAAGACAUUUUCUACACUGGAAAAGUGAGUGAGUUUGGCAUUUUUUUAAAAAAAAGAGUACAGUGGUACCUCUGGUUACGUUCUUAAUUCGUUCCGGAGGUCCAACCUGAAACCGUUCUUAACCUGAGGUACCAAUUUAGCGAAUGGGGCCUCCCACUGCCAACGUGCCACUGGUGCGCGAUUUUUGUUCUCAUCCUGAGAAAUCAGAGCAAAACGCCUCUCCGUAUAUAAACCUACCCAGAUUCUGCGUUCAUCCUGUGAGGCUCUUCUUUGUAUGCCUCCUCCAUGUGAGGCUCGGAGUGCGGCAAAACGAGAACGGGGCCUUUUCUGCAUGGCUCCCCAUUUGGGGAGUGCUCUCUGCAGGAAAGCUCAUUAUACACCUCUAGGCGCCAGGUGAAUAUGUUCUUCUUCAACCAGGCCUUGGGCUUAUUAAUAUUCUAUAGCCUUUUUGAAUAUGUUUUUGCCAGGGGAGGAGGAAGGGAGGUGCAGCGGGGCCUACAGCGUGCCUGAGCCACACACCUCUCCGGGCGGCUUCCUACGCCGCUGGUUAUUGGAAGGAGGGAUUCCUAUGUUGUUGCUUCUGUUUUGACUAUUUAUUUGUGCUUUUAUCUUGUGCUUUUAUCUUGUGAACUGCUCCAAGAUCUUUUGAUGAAGGGCAAUAUAUAAAUUUCAUAAAUAAAUGGUAAAUAUAAAUGGUAAAAAUACUGUGAUGUGCACACAAGAAUAGUCAUCUGACACAGCGAAACUGUCCCGAGACCCAAAAACUCUAUGGCUGUGUGAAAAUAUAAAUCUCUUUAUAUUUUUGACAGCUUUGGAAUACCUUCCACCGCCCUGAGCUGGUUCGGAAAUGCUUAGAAGAAUCCCUGAAGAAACUCCAGUUUGACUACAUGGAUCUGUUCUUAAUGCACUCUCCGUAUUCUAUGAAGGUAAAUGAUUAUUGAUGUCCUAAUGCAAGUAUUGAGUACAAUAUUUGAAGGGGGGGAAAGAACCUACUAAAAAUAUUUUAUUCCCUGAAGGAAUUGUCAUUUCCUAGAGAUGCUGACAGUUCUCUGCUAUACUAUAUCUCAAUCAAGGAAUGAUCGCUCCCAGAUUUGGGGGGAGAAACCAUGCCAGUUAAAGAAAACAUCUGCAUAUACUGAUGGCAUUAACUACAUGGGCAUCAUAAGAAAGAAAUCAUGUGCAGAGCAGGACUUGGUGAGGGGGCAAGGGAAGAAAAAAGGGGUUGGAGAGACAGACCUGUGCAGAAAGAGAAGAGGUUUGUUCUAUGGGGCACAGAAAAAAUUAAAGCAUGUUUGGGGAACCUGUGGCCUUCCAGCUGUUGCUCAAUUGCAACUCCUAUCAUCCCUGAUCAUUGUCCUUGCUGGCUGCAGCUGAUGGGACUUGGAGGCCAGCAAAGCCUGGAGAUCCACUGAUUCCCCACCUCUGCAUUAAAAGAGACAAUACUGAGUUAAUAUUGCAAUGGGGGGAUGCUGGUGGAGAUGUAGACUAAACCACUGAGGUUCUUGGGCUUGCCGAUCAGAAGGUCGGCAGUUCAAAUCUCUGCAAUGGGGUGAGCUCCCAUUGCUCUGUCCCAGCUUCUGCCAACCUAGCAGUUCAAAAUCACGCCAGUGCAAGUAGAUAAAUGAGUACCGUUGUGGCGGGAAAGUAUGCUCUGGUUUCCGUCAUGGUAUUCCAUUGUGCCAGAAGAGGUUUAGUCAUGCUGGCCACAUAACCCGGAAAGCUGUCUGAGGACAAAUGCCGGCUAUCUUGGUCUGGAAGCAAGUUGAGCGCCACAACCCCAUAGUCACCUUUGACUGGACUUAACUGUCUAGGGGUCCUUAACCUUUACCUUUACUUAAUAUUUCCCCAUAAGUAUUUUUUCCUGGAUAAAGUAAGCUUUAUCCCUCUUGAAAAACAAGAAUGUGAAAUGUGGUGCUUGUGAACUUCUAGGCCUGAAAUGCACUCAUUCCCUCCGCCUCCUUCUUUUCUAGCCUGGACCAGAUUUAUUUCCCAUGGGAGAAGACAAAAAAUUUAUUGUUGACAACGUAGAUCUUCGUCAGACAUGGGAGGUAGGUGCCUGGGAUUAGCAAAUCCAGCCCUUGAGUCAUUCAGAUACAGAGCACAGUAGCCUUCCACCAGAGGAGGCAUGUCCAGAACAAUGACUCACACAAUGGCUCCUAUGAGAGCUGGUGAAUUAUUGCACACUCUUGGGAGUAUAUGAGUUAGCCUCCAAUCUUAACCUGGGGGGGGAAGUGUGGUCUCAGCUAGUCAACAAACACCACUCAACAAACAUGUUGUGCUUUCUUUGCCAGGCAAUGGAGGCGUGCAAAGAUGCCGGCUUGGUGAGGUCCAUCGGAGUGUCCAACUUCACCCGUAAGCAGCUGGAAUUGAUCCUCAACAAGCCAGGGUUGAAAUACAAGCCAGUGAUAAACCAGGUCAAGCGUGUUUGCCUUUUGUAGUAGUUUGUUCCAAACGCUGUUGAAAGCUUCUUUAUUUAAGCUCUUUUGUGAGAGGACGUUUGUUUGCAUGAACACAGCAAUUCCCUGAAAAAACUUGCUUAAGGUUAUAAGGUUGCAGACCAAGUCACAGUUGUGGGGUAGACUCCCCUAAAUUCCUCGAACCAGUAAUCAAGACUUCUGAAUCCUCAGACAAAAGAAGUGUGGAGAAGUGCAUAAUGUUUGAAACAAGCAUCUCAGGUAGAAGGAGGCCUGCGAGCAGUCAGUGUCAGGAUCAUCCUACACGCAAGUAGGACUCCGAUAGAGACACAUGCCUGACUGGCAUGUUCUCUCCCUCCUGGUCAGUUGUUCGGGAGCUUCAAAAGCUUUCUCCAGCCCGAACAUCACAGCGACUGAUACCAAGAGGCAUCAGCAUGCUUAGGAACAGCAGAGUGUUAGCAUUUCGCGUGACAGACUCAGCAGCGCAGCAUUUUGGCUAAACUACUUUAUUAACAUAUCAUACACUCGGAGCUUUCUGACUCAACUCCUCCCUCAUCAGCACCAAACAGCAAAGAGAGAGAACAAAGGACAAUAGUCCUACAUCACGGAACACAGUACAUGUAAUACGAAACAUCCCAUCUCCGUCACUUCCCACACUGUGGAUUGGAAACAUAUACCGUCAUGUGAUAAAACCAAUCCCAUGACUGCAAGCACGGGGCAAGUCAGGGCCCACACAGCCUCUUGUGGGGACUCUGGAAGUUCUCAUGUGGGGGGUAAAGGGCCUUGUAGUUAGGCAUCUGGGCAAAGCUGUUGCACCCAAGCAGCCCUGAUUCACUUGGGCACUGGUGUAUAUCAUGUAACCAGUGAGACGAAGGCAGGCUAGUCCAAGGCAUGCAACCUGCUAGCUAAGCAGGAGUGAUGGACUGACAAUGAGAUGUGUGCAGCCGUGAUCUCCCGGUACCACAGAGACAGUGGUCCAGAUAGUCCCACUUCAAUCAUGGCUUCUUUGUACCCUCUGCCCAACCUUGAUGCACUAUCCAAUUCAUAUAUGGCAGUAGAGGGUGGGAAUACACACACUCCAGACAAUUAGUUCUUACGUUCCCUCCCCCAUACUUUCCACUAUUGCUGAGCCACAGUGGUGACUUGAAGAAAAGACACUUUUCACAUACAAAAUCCAUUUACACAGGGAGGAUUACUGAAAACUAUACCAUUACUUCCUUACAUAUGAGAAAAAACUGCUCCCUUAAAUAGAAUCAUUGCCACCCAACCCCAUCCCACUCCCCACUCCCCUCUUCCCCUGUCUUUUCUUCCCAACCUCACACUGUAUGUAACAUUAAUGUCUCACAACAAAUGAAACUGAUCUGUAGAAAAUGCAACUUGAAAAAAGAGACAAUGCACAUAUUUUCGUAAACUAAGAAAUCUUUAAUAAAAAUAACAAUAACAACAACUGCCCUCUUUGAAAAGUCUUGUGCCCUUCUUCCCCUAAUUUUAUUUUCUGAUGUCUCCACUGCUCAAUUUGAUUGGAAAUUUCAGUUUAUUGAGACCCUGAUAAAGCAGAGUCCCAGAUCAUCUGCUCAGCUUGAUGGAAAGGCAGGCAUAUCCCCCAUCAGGCCUUUUUGCUCAACGUAGACAAUUCAGAGACUGAGUGGGCAGAAACAGAGGCACUGCAGGCAGGACAGUGUGCCCAGAAUAUUUCUUCUUUGGGUAUAAUGACUCAACAGGGCUGGAGUGAGAGGAGAUUGAGGGGGAAUAAGCCCUGUCCCCCGUUUUCAGCUAACACACAUUUCAUGGAUGAGGAGCAUGGCAAUGGAAACCACAAAUGCAAGAAUGGUCCUCUAAAGAUUCUGAUGCAUCAGAAAACACAACACACUUUAAGAAUGGUAACAGCUGGAUAUUUCAAGAAAUAAUAGCAUUGAUCUGCUUUUCUGUCUUUCCUUGAUUUCACAGUACAUGUAGUUUUUGUUUCAUCUGAAUUCUCACUUUUGGAUUGCAUUGGGGAUUUUGAAUCUGCAGGUUGAAUGCCAUCCUUAUCGGAACCAAAGCAAGCUGCUGGCCUUCUGCAAGUCAAACAAUAUCCUCCUGGAAGGAUAUAGUGUCCUAGGAUCCCAAAGGGACCCAAGAUGGUAAGAGAUGAAGCCAAAACGUUUGGGGACCACCUCAGGCAACCACCUAGGCCCGCUAUUCCCCAGCAUCUACAUCAGCUCUGAAGGUUUUAUUCUUGGCCUCACAAUUAAUAAUUAUCCUCAUGUUGGAUACCAGCACCAGGGCCUUUUCUGUAGUGGCCCCACAAUAGGGGAACUCAUUCCAGAGAGAGAUUUACAAAGCUCUUCCCCUCCCAUUUUAGACAUUCUCAGAAACCUUCCUGUCAGGGAACUGCCAUCAGUAUUGGAGGGAGAGCGCAAAAGCCAGAGGGAUUCCAGAGAGCGUCCAGGGAUCGGGAGAAGCAGCCCAUCUUCUGGGGAAGAGAAUCAGUGUAGCACCAGUGGAGAAGGGGGGCAGGUGGGGGAAGUGGCGAGGCGGUCCCAUGACUCCUUGCCGGGGACCAGCGGGGAGAGUAGGGGUCCUCCGUUGCCCACACCCUCCCUGCAGAGAAGGCUUUUGCGCAGAGAGGGUAGGCGGAGACUAGGCGUCAAAGAGCUUCUUUGCUGGAAGAAGUUUAAGAAACGCCCACUCACGGAUUCUGCCAGCGACUGAGUCAGCCACGGGUGAGUGGCGGUCCGGACAGAUAAGGUUCACUUUGGCAGCCCAGCCAGGUGUUUGCACCCAGCCAGGGAAAUAGGUGCCUGCUUACGCACGAGCAACCCCUUAGAGACCAUUACACUUCCCAUUGCUGAAGUGUUUUUUAUAUAUAGCUGAUUGACUUCUCCCAAACAUAUGUUUUUAAAUGUUACAGGCAGGGGGCUAUUUAAUAAUUUCUGCUUCUGAAAUUUUGUGCUGUUUUCAAAUCACAUUUAUAUUAUGUUUAAUGUUGCUUUAAACAGUAGAAUGUCAGGAAUGAAAGGGCCCUCCACCCAGCCUUGCAUUUAAAUAAUUAUAGCAUUUCUCUUUUUACAUAGCUUGUUUCGUGUGUCUCAGAAUUUUGAAUUGUGUUGUUUUUAUCUAUCUUGGAAGCCACUUAAAUGCUUAUUUUUAACAAGUGGGACCAGCGACAAAUAUUGAGUUCUCCUUCAAGACAAUGAGCUGUGCAUUCUUCCAGGAUCCUCCAUUUCAUUUGAACUCCCUCCCUCUUUUCCAUCUCAACUCUCCAACAGUCACACAGGAUUCUUUGGGCGUUCCUUUCCCUCCUUAGGUACCCCUGUGACGGAAAAGUUUGUUUUGCUGGCCAGGUUGGGUCCCCAAGUGUUUUCUUUUUCUUUUUGGCUGGGGUUCCAGGAGGGGGAGUUGAAAAGGAGAGGAUUUGGAGAGACAGUUUGGUAGGUUGGGAGAAUAGGGAGGGAGGGAGAGAGAGAGAGAGAGUUGCUUCUGGGUGGAAACAUCCACUCUGAGGAAUAUAUCACAAGCUAAAGAAAGGAGCUUCUGAGCUUAGUGUGAAGGACAGUGUGUGGUGUCCUGUAAGAGUAAUAGGCCAGGAAUUAACUGGGAGGCUGAAGCUGAGCCAGGAGAAGUAGAAGCUGGGAAAAGACAGCCCACUUUGGAUUCAUUCCAGUUAGGAGGGAAGAGAUUCUUCUACAAAAAGAGAAGACUCCCAAACCAGUUAAGAGGGCUAUGGAGAUCCCUUGGGUCUGUUACUUGGAGUACCUCAGGAGUAGGGUUAUCAAAGGGGUGUUUAACUGACAGGAAGUACCACCUUUUUAAAGAACCAAAGUACCGUAUUUUUUGCUCUAUAAGACUCACUUUUCCCCUCCUAAAAAGUAAGGGGAAAUGUGUGUGCGUCUUAUGGAGCGAAUGCAGGCUGCGCAACUAUCCCAGAAGCCAGAACAGCAAGAGGGAUUGCUGCUUUCACUGCGCAGCGAUCCCUCUUGCUGUUCUGGCUUCUGAGAUUCAGAAAUUUUUUUUUCUUGUUUUCCUCCUCCAAAAACUAGGUGCAUCUUGUAGUCUGGUGCGUCUUAUAGAGCAAAAAAUACGGUAUUAAGGGGCAACAGCCGUGCAACAACUGAGAAAGAACUGAAGUGAAAGAGAAUUAUAAUCUGAAGUAUCCUAUGUUUCACCCACUUGUGUCAUAAACGUCCUUUGUUUUACAAAAUCCUGCCUGAGACUCCAAAUUAUUAAGUUUUCCCUCACACAAGGGAAAACCCCCACAAUAUAAUCUGGGGUAGUUUGUAGGAAUUCAUGGAAUUGGUGAUCUGUGAGGUGGGUGCACUAUAUAUAAGUGAGGGCGGGCCCAACGGCUCCAGGGGAAAAAGUGCCGUUGCGCCGGCGCACACACACACACCCCGCAAAUACUGAUUGUACUUCAGCAAAGAAAAAGACCUCUCUUUUGUGCAUGGAUGCUACCAUUUUGGCUACAGAAUGAUCCACAUGCAAAGUAUGAGUUUGUGAUUUAUUGGGAGAAGAGCACUGUACUAAAAACUUGUCAAUAUCCUUCUUAAACUGUGGGGUACAGAACUUGACACAGUAUUCCAGGUGAAGUCUGACCAAUGCAUAAUAAAAAAGGAAAAGGGACCCCUGAGCAUUAAGUCCAGUCGUGACCGACUCUGGGGUUGCGGCACUCAUCUCACUUUAUUGGCUGAGAGAGCCGGCGUACAGCUUCUGGGUCAUGUGGCCAGCAUGACUAAAACCGCUUCUUGCAAACCAGAGCAGUGCAAGGAAACGCCGUAUACCUUCCCACCGGAGCGGUACCUAUUUAUCUACUUGCACUUUGAUGUGCUUUCGAACUGCUAGGUUGGCAGGAGCAGGGACAGAGCAACAGGAGCUCACCCCAUCGGGGGGAUUCGAACCGCCGACCUUCUGAUCGGCAAGUCCUAGGCUCUGUGGUUUAACCCACAGCGGCACCCGCGUCCCUAUUCCCUCGAUCGGAACACUAUACUUCUGCUGAAGCAGCCUAGAAUAGCGUUAGCUUCUCUUCUUGCUGCAUCACACUGUGACUCAUGUUAAGCUUGUGGUCUACAAAGACCCCUAGAUCCUUUUCAUAUAUACUGCUGUCAAGCCAAGUGCCCCUCAUCCUAUAUUUGUGCAUGUAUAUUUGUGCAUGUUGACACCAGAAACACACCUUCUCUCCUUAUUGCUCUCCAACAGGUUAAAUCCAGACGCUCCUCCCCUGCUUGAAGACUCUUUGUUGGUUGCGAUCGCCAAGAAGUACAACAAAAGCCCAGCUCUCGUGGCUAUUCGCUACCAACUGCAGCGCGGCCUGGUGGUCCUAGUGAAGGCCGACACCAGAGAGCAAAUUGAGGAAGACAUCCAGGUAAAGCAGUAUAUAUUAAUCCAUUAAAAAACAAUACUGAAAAAGCACAUCAUUUGGACACUGUGAUCUCACAGGUCACAUGACACAUGCGGGAGGGAAGAUGCACAUCUUGGUUUGGGGACUCAAGAAGUUGGAGGAGUUUCCAGCAGUGGGUAUUCAGAAGAAUCACUGCCUCAGGCCGUGAAGUCAGAGCAGUGGCGUAGCGUGGGGCAAGGCACGUAAUUUGCGCCCCCUAACCCAGGUAGGGGCAGGCAGGGGCAGAGAGCUGUGAGUGCGAGUGCCCCCCCAGAUGUUGCGCCCGGUGCAGACGGGCCCCCCCGCACCCCCCACGCUACACCACUGAGUCAGAGUGCAACCAUCAUGACUAGCUUCCAUUGGUAUUCUUAUCCACCAUGAAUUUGUCUAAUGUUUAAAGCCAUCCAAGUUGGUGGCUGUCACUGUCUUGCAUGGAGCAAGUUCAGAGGUUUAGCUAUGAACUGCAUGAAGAAGUAGUGAACUACAUUCACUGGAGUAUGACCUCCCUCAUCCCUGAUCAUUGGACGUGGAGUCCAUCCACAUCUGGGGGGCCACAGUUUCCACUCCUGUUCUAUUGCAAACCAACAUUACUAUGCAUAUAAAAUUCCCUCAGUGGGAGGACAUCUGGACUGAAGCUGUUAAAUGAAGGAAUUCAACUUUGGAAGGUGGUAGCAAAGUUCGCUUUGGUUUCUCUGUGGCUGGAAAAAGGUGCACAGCUCUGAGGUGCAAAAAGAAGACAAGAUUAAAUACCACCUCAGCAUUAUUUUUUUCUCCUCCUGACAGGCAUUUACUUUCCAGCUGUCUGAGGAGGAUAUGAAAUCCAUUGAUGGCCUUCACAAAAACCUGAGCUAUUUAAAAGAGGAAGUGUAAGUCAUAUUUAAAUAGUAUGCAUAUGAAUACAUAAAAGUGCUUCACACAAGAAUUCAUACUGCGAGAGCAAAAGGAAGAAGAGAUUUAGCAUCCAUCUCUUCUCUUCAUAGAGAAUAAGGUGAAAUUAUAGAAGCAAUUACUGUGGAUACUUUGUACCAAAGCGUAUGGACAAGUGUCCCUGUCAUAGAAUUGUAGAGUUGGAAGUGACCACGGGGGUCAUCUAGUCCAGCCCCCUGCAAUGCAGGAAUCUUUUGCCCAGCACGGGGCUCAAACCCAUGGCCCGGAGAUUAAGAGUUCCAUCCUUUACCAAUCGUGCUAUUCCAGUAGUUUUUGGCCCUAGACAGUCUUGAAAAAGUCCAGUUUCUGACAAAAUUUAACUUUUGGGGUGGACUUCUAAACUCCCCAUAAUUUACCCCAUGGCAAUUCAGGAUCUUUUUCCACUAUAAAAAGCAAGCUAUUUACAGUGAAGAGCAUCGCAAAUUCAUGCCUGGCUCAAUCACUAGCAGAAUCUGGGAGUGGUCGGUCCUUGUACCUCCCCCAGCAUAACAGUCACGUGACCCCCAACCUUCUCCGCCCCUCCCUGCACCAAAUCCUUCUGCGCAGAGUGGGCGCUGGCAAAGGGGUACUUCCCUCCUCUCCUGUUUGCUCAGGCUCGGUGUUGAGGCUCUCUCUAGCAGCACUUCUUCUCCACUGGAGGUGGGGGUUUCCUCCUCGCCGGAGGAGGAACUGCUUCGCCAGAUUUUCGGAGGUUCCCUAUAACACAACUGCCCUUCCACCUCUCGCCUCUGAGCUGAUGGCAGUUCCCUGACAUCCCCCGACAGUUGCUCUGUGCUUUGAAACCAGGCUUCCAAAUACCCUUGAGACCAAUGCCAUACAAUGAUGUGCAGACAUUCCCAGGAGCAAUAUUUUUUUGGGGGGGGGAAGAUGGCUGCCUCAUGCAUUACUUCCACUUUGAUCAGCAACCAGGGCUGUAUUCAUCUUCUAGGGGUUAUUUUCUCUAGUGAGAAGACGGACAUAUGAUCAUCCCGAUAUUGCAAAUGGUGGACCAUUUUUACUUUCAGCCUCCCAGAUAUUCAGCAGGGUAGGCAUUUGAUGGCAAACUCGGGGAGCUUACAAUGCACUGUGUGAAAUAGUCUCAUGAGGCAAUGGCUAGCAACAGAUCAAUUUUUGUUGCUUGUGCAUAUUCCAACCCUUGAGUGUUGACUCUCUUUUGUUUUGUUUCAGAUACGCUGGUCACCCACAGUAUUACCCACCAGAUGUGGAAUAA